GAGAGGGAAAGCCUUUUGAGAAUGUCCCAUUGGAAAGAUUGUUUCUAAUCAGGAGGAAAUCAGGAGCCAUUCAAAGAAAUCUGCAAGUCGAGCCACUUCCUCUGUGACAGGAAAAAAAAGUCAAGACAAAUAAAUGAGAGGAAGUCAAAUUCUGACGUAGCCAAAGAUUAAAUUUCCGAUUCACCCGCCAAGCCUUGCGAAACAAUGGCAGGACAGGGAACAGAGAGAGACAGCAGGACGGGAAUGGGGAGCUCCUGUUGAGCUGGGCACUUUCUCCUUCAUGUCACUGACCUGGGAAGAGCCACUUUAGGACAUGGAUCCCAAAGGAGCAAGAGGUACCAGGAAGCGCCGCUGAUCCGCACAGCCCCCUUUGCCUGCUGCUGCCCCACAGGGAACAGGGAGCUGCUGAGGAGCUGCGUGGUGCAUCCCUGGAUUCUCCAAGCACUGACUCCCCAUCCACUCUGACCACAGCCAGGGCCACAUCCCACCGCCUGCCCAGCGUCCAUCCAUGGAGAACUUGCUCCAAAACCACUGCAAGCCAUCUGUUUCUGCACUGGCUUCAGCCACGUUUAUCAUCCUAUGCUCUCCUGCUGUGCCCUGGGGAGCUGGACUUUCCUCCUGUCUCCUUGGUCCAAGAACUCCAUGGCCAGGAGGAGCAGAGGCACUUCCAGAGGUCCCAGGAGCCGCUUUAGGACAUGGAUCCCAAAGGAGCAAGAGGUACCAGGAAGCACCGCUGAUCUGCACAGCCCCCUUUGCCUGCUGCUGCCCCACAGGGAACAGGGAGCUGCUGAGGAGCUGCGUGGUGCAUCCCUGGAUUCUCCAAGCACUGACUCCCCAUCCACUCUGACCACAGCCAGGGGCCACAUCCCACCGCCUGCCCAGCGUCCAUCCAUGGAGGUGAGCACCGUGUCCCCAUCUCCCACCUCACCGACCGACGGACCUGGUCAGUGUGAGAUCAAUGUCUCCGGCGUGGCCAUGCAUCUUGUGACGCUGCUCUUCGGUGUCUGUGGGCUGGUUGGGAAUGGGGCUUUCCUCCGGCUCCUCUACGUUAAUCCUACCACCGAUUUCGUCUUCAACCAGGCCAUCACUGACAUCCUCUUCCUCAUCGUCAUGGUCCCCUCCACCAUGAUCUUCCUGAGGGAGGAAGUGUCCUGCACUACUGUAAUGCCCCUGAUGUAUUUGAGCUUUCUUUUCUAUCUGUCACUGUUCUCCUACACCAUGGGGCUGUACCGGCUGACAUUCAUCAGCUUUCAGAGGUGCAGGUCCAUCCUCUGCCCGUUUUUCUGUGGUUGCCAACUUCCUGACCGCCUGCUGUUGGUGAUGAUGACCGUCCUCUUCUGGGUCCUCCUCUUUGUUGUCACCACUGUCAAUCCCACGGUGACUUCCCAGUGCCAGUCACACGAGCAGGAGCAAUGCCGGGUGGCUCUCACCUCCAUGUACGCCCUCAACCUCUUCCUAUUUGCUGCACCCCUCAUCAUUUCCAGCACAAUCCUCUUCAUUCAUUUUAAGCCUGGCUCCCAGCAGCAGAAACACAAGAGGCUUGACAUUGUGAUUGUCCUCGUUGCAAUCUUCAGUCUGCCCCUCAGUCUCUGCUCUUUCCUGCAGCAGCUCAGUUACACGGUUGUGCCCUCCCAGGCAGUUUUCCUGCUCACCUGCAUCACCAGCAGCAUCAAACCCUUCAUCUACUUCUUGGUGGGGAGCUGGAAGAGAGACUGCUCCAUGGGGAGCUGCUGGAGACACUGCUCCAUGGGGAGCUGGAGGAAGAACUGCUCUGUGGAGUCACUAAGGAAGGCGAUCCGCAGGGUGUUUGGGGAGCCGAAAGAAAAUACUGCCAGCAGUAAUGAUCCUGCCAUGGACACAGAGGCCUGAGCCUGUUGAUGCCUUCCACUGCACUCCUGAAGGACCCCAGGACAGUGGCUGAGAGAUUCCUUGAGUGACCUGAUCAAGAAAUCCCCACAGGGUCACCCUCCCUGUGCUGGUGCAUCCCCCACCCCCUUUCCAGGCCGCACUGGGCUCUGAUUCGUGCUUGGGAAGCCUCAGCCUUGAGGAGCAGCCCCUGGGCUCAGCUCCUCUGGCACUGAUCAGAAACACCCUCUGCUCCCAGGAACUGCUGCUGGCCAACGACCCCCUGGGCUUUUAUCAACAGCCUUGGGAAUUAUUUCACUUCCCUGAAUGCCACACCAUCCCUGCUCUUACGCUUUCACAGAAAGUUGCCUGCCUGAAGCGUGGCCAGGGUGAAACAUUGCUGUGGCUGAAGCCCAUCCCUUGGGGCCCUGUAAGCAGCGGUCCAAAAGGAGACCCUUGGAGCUCUCCUGGGCCCAGCAGCGCUGACCAGAAGCUCCCUGGCAGUGGGGCCUCUCCGAGCUGGGAUCUCUCCCGUCUGCUGCCCUCGGGUGAUGCCCCAACGCCGACGGCUCCUGGGCCGAUCCCCCAGCGCUCGAGGCCCAAGCCUUGGCACAGUGAGGAGAUGCAAACGGAUCCGCAGUGAGCAUUUCACUGCCUCCCAGGGGAAUUUCUCACAGGCACCUUGCACUGACUCUUUCUCUCUGUGUGCACACACCUGUGCAUCUGCUCUGGCAAAUGUGGGGGAGAUGCUGCUCUCUCAGGUGUUCCAGUACCUGAGACAUCUGAGUGAGUCAGGCCUGGAAGCAAGGUUAAGGCAUAAAUAAGGUUAAAUGCUGCUAAGUGAUAUUCCUCUGCUGAAUUGCUAAUUUUAAUGUAUAACUGAAGUACUGUUAAGUUUGAGUGCUGUAAAGCUUUUAGGCCAUUUUCCUUUUUAUCGUUAUCCUUUUGUCACGCACAGCUGAACACACCCACAAACUCACACACAGAGACAGCAUUUUGGUGUGAUGUUGCUUAUUAUUAAACCUGGGUUUUGCUGA